AUGCGGUGCUACCUUGAUCUCUGCGCGACACGUCCCACUUCGCAGCAAGGCAGAUCUGUGCAAGGUCCCUUUGACAACUCGUCGCGUCUACACCCGCAACACCGGAAGCGGCAUGUGUCCGAGGCGAGCCGCCGCUUCUUGCUCUUCUGGGAGGACUGGUGUCUCCAGUCUCCAUCACUCACAUGCUUGCAACCUUCUUGCAGGGCGAUCUCCGCAACACUUGCAGCCGAUGCGUUUGCUUCCAGCCAGUGCAUUGGGAUUGGGGGCUUUCUUCGUGUCCAGGGCUCCUCGGCAGUUUGGUUCAGUGAACGUUUUGAUCUCUCCGAUAUGCAAUGCUUGGGGGUGCCUCUCGCCCCGGACGCUCAGAAGAACAUUGGUUGCUGGGAACUGCUCGCCCAGAUGGCCUUGCUAAUUCUCUUUGCGGAGGUCUGUCCGGGUGGCCGUGCUGGCUUGUCGCUCCGCACUUUCUGCGAUAACAGCGCGGCUGAGUCAGCAGGCAAUCGCAUGCUGACAGCUUCCAGCCCCCUUUGCUUUUUCGCGCAGCAACUGGCGUGUCUUUCAUUCAAGCUCGGCCUCACCUUGGACAUCCAGCACAUCUCCGGCUUUCGAAACACAGAAGCAGACUUCUUGAGUAGAUGGAAGCCGCCGGAGGAGUUGCAGCACGGGUUUGAGCUCUUGUACAGGUAUCGAUUUCCUGUGGCUCGCAUUUGGCAGUCGCAUCAUGAUGUGCGUCUUUUUCCCGCAGAUACAAAGCUGCUGUGGCAGCCCCCAUGA